AUGUACAGCAUAGAAGAGGUUAUGUGGGCCAUCAAGGUCACAGUUUUUGUUUCUUUGUACCUCCUUAACACAAAUCGUGUUCAUAAAUCCAUCGAGUUAUGCAAAGAACAUUUACUUCUUCUCGGCCAGAAAGCACUAAAAUAUGAAAAGGAGUUUGUUAGGCGAACUUAUUUAAUGGUUUAUGUACAGAUGUCUGAAGCGUACCGUCUUAUUAAGGAUCACAGGAAUGCAAUCAAAUGUGGCAAAAGGCUUCUCGUCAUUUCAAGAGAGACUGGCAACAAAACUUUAGAAGGAACAGUAAUUUGUUCCAUGGCGGAAUCAUAUAAAUGCCAACGUGAGUACGGUAAGGCAAAAGAGCUUUGCUUGAAAGCAAUUAGCAUUGGGAUAGAGACUGGAGAAAAAGAAGUGGAAGUACGAUGCUAUGUAACACUAGGAAGAAUCUUUGUGUCUCUCGGUGAAUAUGUCAAGGCUAAAGAAUGUCAAGAAAAAGCACUUGCAAUCGCAGAAAACAUUGGCGAUAGAGAAAUAGAAGCCAACUGCUAUGGAAACCUGGGAAUUACCCUUCAGUUUCUUGGUGAAUAUGUCAAGGCUAAAGAAUAUCAGGAGACAGCAAUAGCAAUCGCAGAAAAAAUUGGCGAUAGGGAAACAGAAGCCAAAUGCUAUGAUAUCCAAGGAAGUAUCCUUCAGUCUCUUGGUGAACAUGCCAAGGCUAAAGAAUAUCAAGAAAAGGCACUUGCGAUUGCACAAACGAUCGGCGACAAGGAAAUAGAAGCUAAAUGCUGUGUUAACCUAGGAAGUAUCUUUCGGUCUCUCCAUGAAUAUGACAAGGCUGAAGAAUGUCAAGAAAAAGCCCUUGCAAUCGCACUAAAAAUUGGCAGCAAGGAAACACAAGCCAAAUGCUAUGCACACCUAGGAAUUAUCUCUCAGUGCCUCUGUGAAUAUUCCAGGGCCAAUGAACGUCUCCAAAAGGCACUUGGGUUAGCAGAAAAAAUUGGCGACAGGGAAACAGAAGCAGCAUGCUAUGAAAACCUAGGAAGAGUCUUUCAGUCCCUUGGUGAAUUCGUAAAGGCUAAAGAAUACCUCGAGAAACUACUUGCAAUGGCAGAAAAAAAUGGCGACAAAAAAACAGAGGCCGCAUGUUACGUAAAACUAGGAAAAGUCUUUAAUUUUCUCGGUGAAAAUGUCAAGGCUCAAGAGUAUCAAGAAAAAGCACUUGCAAUUGCAGAAAAAAAUGGCAACAGGGAAACAGAAGCCGACUGCUAUAUAAACCUAGCAUGUAUAUGUCAUCCGACCUCUGAAUAUGACAAAGCUAAGGAAUACCAAGAAAAGGCACUUGCGAUCGCAAAAACAUUUGGCGACAACGAAACAGAAGCAAAAUGCUUUGUUAUCCAAGGAAACAUAUUUCAGUCCCUCGGUGAAUAUGUCAAGGCUAAAACAUUUCAAGAAAAGGCACUUUCAAUCGCCGCAAAAACUGGCGACAGCCAAACAGUAGUUAACUGCUAUGUGAACCUAGGAUGUAUCUACCCUUUUCUCAGGGAAUAUGACAGUGCUAAAGAAUAUCAAGAAAAAGCACUUGCAAUCGCUAGAAAAAUUGGAGACCGGGAGACAGAAGCGAAAUGCUAUGUAAACCGAGGAAGAGUCUUCGAGGGCCUCUGUGAAUAUAACAAGGCUAAAGAACACCAAGAAAAAGCACUUGCAAUAGCAGAACAGAUUGGCGACAGAGAAACAGAAGCCAAAUGCUGUUUAAACCUAGGAUGUAUCUCUUGGUUUCUUGCUGAAUAUGGCAAGGCCAAAAAGUACCUCAACAAAGCAAUAGCGAUAGGGGAAAAAAUUGGCGACAGGGAAACAGAAGGCGAAUGCUAUGAAAACCUAGGAGUUGUCUUUCAGUCUCUCGGUGAAUACGACCAGGCUAAAACAUAUCAAGAAAAAGCGCUUGCAAUCGCAGAAAAAAUUGGCACCACGAAAACAGAAGCCACAUGCUAUCUAAACCUAGGAAGUAUCUCUCAGUCUCUCUGUGAAUAUGCAAAGGCCAAAGAAUACCUUAGAAAAGCACGCUCAAUCACUGAAAGAAGUGGCGACAGGGAAACAGAAGCUAAAUGCUAUGUAAUCCUAGGAAGAGUCUUUCACUCUCUCGGUGAAUAUGUCAAGGCUAAAGAAUAUCAAGAAAAAGCAUUGCCAAUAGCAGAAAAAAUUGGCGACAGGGGAACAGAAGCCGAGUGCCAUGUAAACCUAGGAAUGGUAUUUCAUUCUCUCGGUGAAUAUGUUAAGGCUAAAGAAUGUCAAGAAAAAGCACUUGCAAUCGCUGAAAAAAUUGGCCACAGGGAAACAGAAGCAAGAGGCUAUGUAAGCCUAGGAAGAGUCUUCCAUUGUCUCAGUGAAUAUGUCAAGGCUAAAGAAUAUUCUGAAAAAGCCCUCGCAAUCGCACAAGAAAUUGGCAACAGGAAAACAGAAGUCGCAUGCUAUGCAAACCUAGGAAAAGUCUUUGAGUCUCUCAACGAAUAUACCAAGGGUAAAGAAUACCUGGAAAGAGCACUUGCAUUCGCGAACAAAAUUGGUGACAGAAAAACAGAAGCCACAUGCUACGGAGACCUAGGAGUAAUCUUUCAAACUCGAGGAGAAUUUGGCAAGGCUAAAGAAUAUUUAGAAAAAGCAAUUGAAAUCUCCGAAAAAAUCGGCGACAGGAAAACAGAAGCAAAACUGUAUGAACUUCUAGCACGUCAGUUUUACAGAGAUGAUGUCGUCAAGACUAAAGAAUAUUUAGAAAGAGCACUCGCAAUAUAUAAAGACAUUGGGGAGAUAGAACAAGAGUUAUUAACCCACUUAAUUAUUUCAUAUUGCACGAUAAUCGACAACACACAUGAAGCUAAAUCACAUUUCUUUGCAAGCAUUAACAAUAGAGAAGUUAUUCGCCGUUUUCUGAAAGAGCAUGACCAAUUCAAGAUAUCGUAUUUUGACAAGACCAGUAGUUACUAUAGACUUAUGAGUCAGUUGCUUUGCCUUACUGGGAAUCCUUACGAAGGUCUUUACACAGAGGAAAUUGGACGAGGCAGAGCCCUAGCAGACUUGAUGUCAGCCCAAUACUCCACACAAAACGAAAGAUCAGUCUGUCCACAGGCAUGGGAUGGUAUUCAGAGAAUCAUGAAGAAAGAAAACAACUGUGUUUGUCUUUACAUUUCAUACUAUGAGGACUGUAUUAAUUUGUUUGUUGUUAAAGCAGACAACCAAUUAAUUUUGCGACACAAAAACGUCAAUGACUGUUUCGCUGGCAAACGAUCAGCAAGCAGAGUGGCUGACGUUUUUUCCAGCGAGAUUUACAGAAAGGUACAGUGCUUAGCUCCGGAGCAAUGCGAAGAUCGAUCCUGGUUUCCUUCAAAUGAUCUCUUACACCAAAAGCGCAAGUCAUCACAAGAAAAUAGUCUCACAGUGUCCCGCCUUGUAGAAGAGGAUGCAGACGACCAGCAGCACAUCCUUACUCUUGCCGAUGGUUACAAAAUGAUCAUCGCUCCUGUCGCUGAACUGCUUGAUAAACCCGAAAUCAUCAUUGUUCCUGAUCGCUUGCUUUUCACAGUUCCAUUUGCAGCGUUAAAGGACGAAAAAGGAAAGUAUUUAUCCGAGUCUUUCAGGAUUCGCAUCAUUCCCUCUUUGACAACUCUCAAAAUGAUUCAGGACAGUCCAGCAGAUUAUCACAGCCACACUGGUGCACUGAUAGUAGGGGACCCUGAUGUGGGUGAGGUGCUUUACAAGGGAAAUCUUCAGCAAAUAUCGAGGCUGCCUUUUGCAGGCGACGAAGUAGAGAUGAUUGAAAAACAUCUCGGCAUUCAACCUCUGCUAGGAAAGCAGGCAACAAAGCAGGCGGUCCUUAAAAACAUAAAUUCAGUAUCUCUGAUACAUUUAGCUUGUCACGGCAAUGCCGAAAGGGGAGAAAUUGUUCUUGCCCCUCCACCUUUUACUGAUAGGAAACCUCAAGAAGAAGACUACUUAUUGACAAUGGCUGACAUUUCACAAGUUAGACUGCGAGCCAAACUGGUAGUCCUUAGCUGUUGUCACAGUGCAAAAGGACAGAUCAAGACGGAGGGAGUGGUUGGUAUUGCUCGAGCAUUUUUAGGAUCCGGUGCACGGUCAGUGUUGGUGGCACUGUGGGCCAUAUACGACGAAGCGACAAUGCAGUUUAUGAGUCGUUUCUACGAGCACCUUGUUCGUAGGGAAAGUGCCAGUGAAUCUCUUCACCAGGCCAUGAAGUGGAUGAGAGAAAACGGCUUCUCUGACGUUGGACAAUGGGCUCCUUUUAUGCUGAUUGGAGACAACGUGACAUUGGAUUUUCAAACGUUAAGGUUAGUAGACAUUUAUUGACACCCCUAGGUUGGACUUGAAGAUGGUCCAGUCCCGGCUCGGCUGACUAACUGUGGUGCUUGGUCAUGCACAGUUAGAAGGAAAACUUUUGGUUUUAUCAUUUCAACUGCACUAGUCCUUGGUUACUUUCAACUCCGUAGACAAAACCACAUUUUUGCGUUUAAAUGAAAAGAGGUUCCCAUAGAGGAGAAGCUUGUAUUUUGUUUGUUCAAUUUUUUGUUUUGAUUGGCACAUGAAGCCACUAUCACAACCACAGAGUUGCUCUUGUAGUCUGCAAUAAUUAGUUAAUGAUAAUGGCUGGACGUUUAUCAUUCCUCGCUAUAUGUCUGCAGGUAUGACAAAAAAAUGUUGACUAAAUUAAAAUGCGUAUAAAAGACUGAUUAACUGUCCCCAAUUUGGAAUUUGGGAUGCUAAGUCUCAAAGUAGUCACGUUUAUCAGCGAAUAUUUAGCCGCAAUAUUGAGUUGUUAAGAAAGGAGAAAGAUUUUCUUAAGCGGUGGAGGGCGUGUUCGGAUGAGAAAAUUCAGGAAUGCUAUCGUUUAUCAUUAUUACUUUUAUUUUUUAGAGCAGGAAGUCACGAAACUCAGUCCCGAAACGCAGCCCCAUUUUCGGGGAGUGACCAAGUCCAAGAAGUGACUGGUGAAUGCAAACGUUUCUCCCUACAAGGCGGCGAUCGAUAA